AAAUCGGACCGAAGAAUAACACUAACACUACCCGCGGGUGGAUUACUACUUUCCGUUCGGACCGGGUGGGGAAGGAGAGUGAAAUGUGUUCCGAGAGCUGUUUACAUCCACCGAAGUGUCGAACUUUGCCCAUAUCCGUGUGAAGCAAAAUUAUUGCUCUGAAAAUAUGGUGUCUGUGAGAAUUUAAUUACGAGCAAUUUGCGAUGCAGACGUGAAGACAUUCGGAAAAUGCACAAAACGUAAAAGUCGUAAGCGUUCCAAAACAAACAUGUUUAGGGAAAAUACAAACCAUCAUGUGAAACAAAAGUGAUUUUUAAAUGCAAAUGUCCGUCCAUUCGAUGGUAGAGCUGUAGCAGCGACGGAUAAUUUCGAGUUGAUGGAAAAAUAAAUAAUAAAUACCAAGAGUGAAAAAAUAGUGAGCGGUGAGGGGCGGAAAAUUAAAGUGUUUUUUUUUGUUGUGUUUUUCGCGGGGAAAAUGAUUUGUGACAUUGCUGUGGCGAGUUCGGCUCGCUCCUUCACGAACCCGCCUUCGUCCCAUCCGAUGCGGAGGUACAUCGCUCUCAUGGGUGGAAAUUUGACGCCGGAGCAGGUGGUGGAUGUUUGUUAUUUGAAUAUGUUCAGCCUCAUUGUGAAUACGUUGGCACUGGCCGGUUUGGUUGGAGCACUCCUGUAUGUCGGAUGGAAGUUUGAUUGGAAGCGUCAUAAUCUGCUUGCUUUGCAUAAUUUGCGGUCGACGUUUGUCCUGGCAUCGAUCCUGACUGGCAUCUGUGAAGUGGCCCAGUACAGUCUUCUAGUACAUGGGCUCGCUACGCUUGGCCACAGCCGUAAGGUUAACCUUCCCGUGACAACGAAGGAACAAUUGGCCCUGACCGAGCAGGAUCAAUUUACCGAGCAUGACCAAGACGGUGGUGUAGCGGUUGCGACUGCUGUGCUUGGACUGUGUUCCGUCUGUAUCGGCUUGAUGGCAGUACUGGUUGCAGCAGCAUUUGUGCGGAUUGUGGAACUGAAAGAUAGAUGCGGACUAUUAUACAUCGUCCUUGUGGCCCAAGGCGCUUUGGCCGUUGCGAAGUGGUGCAAAUUUGAAUACAUCAAUGGUGUCACGGACACCACAGCUGCUACGCUGCCAUCGUGUCUUGCGAUGGGGUCUGCUCUCACGCUGGCAGCACUGACUUUGGUGGAUGGGAUCACCAUAUACUUAGAGAACUCUUCCAAUCGACGGCACAUAUCGACGAUAAUGUCAAAGAAACCGACGGGCUACAAGUCAACCGCAUCGCCCUUCCUGUCGCGGAUUACUUUCUGGUGGAUUACCCCGCUAUUGUGGCGGGGCUUCGCCGAACCGUUGGAGCUGGAAAAUCUGGGAGAACUCCCUGAAAGGGACACCAGCCGGUAUCACUACGAUCAGUUUCUGUUCAUUUAUCAGAGCUUUAAGAACUCGGUGUCCCUGUGGCGUUGCUACGUGCUCAAUUGCUGGCAAAUGUUUCUCGCCGGUGGGGUGUUUAAGCUGCUGGGCGAUCUCUGCGCUCUGGUGGGACCACUUUGCAUAUCCAAUAUCGUCGAUUACAUCGCAAAACCCGUGACAUCUUCAUCAUCAUCAUCCGUGGUGGUGCUGGCUGGCAAGGACACCGGUAGCGGUGUUGUUCCAUCGGUUGACAUUUCACCAACGCCAUUCAAUCAUCGGAACCAAUCCCUACCGAUAUCGGACGGUUUUGAUGGGGCAGCUCAGCUGGAUGCGCUAACGUGGGAGGCACUAUUGGCCAAUGGAUGGUUUGUGGCCGUGUUGGUGCUGGUUUCAUCGUUAGCACAGGGUACAUUUUCCCAAGCAAGCACACAUAUCAUGGACAUGGAGGGUAUUAAGUUGAAGAAUGCCUUGCAGGGUUUGGUGUACAGGAAAACUCUGCUGCUCAGAUCGUCUGGGGCACAAAAACGCACCCAACAGCAGGGAGGAAGUUUCGGUGCGAAAAUCUCAACCACCAACGAUUUUGUUGCAACGGGCGAAAAAACGCGAGACAACGGCAUCAUCGGGGACGACACCAGCUCUCACCGUGACCCCACGGGUUGCACUCCCACCAAGGUCAAGCUGAACGACAUCGGGAAAGGCACGGGACACAGAACAAACACACCAGCAGAAUUCAAAACAAGUAGUCGGGAACCGUUGCGAAAUUCGGAGGAAGAGAUAAAACAUGAAAUAGCUAUCGCUAUCGAUUCCGAUGAUCGGCAACAGUUUGCACCCGGGACCACUGCUGGAGUAAACUAUCGAUGUUGUCCCACAAGUAAUAGCCCGACAGCAGCAGCAGAAGCAGUAGUAGUGGUGGAAAAACAAGCAAAAACUAUUGCCACCGAUGUAGAUGAUGGUGAAAGUGCUAGUGCAUCGGAAGCGAUCGGAAACGGAAACAGAGUGGGCAGCGGAUCGGAACAUGAGGGUGGUCACACUUCUGCUACUGCAUCCGAUGCAGGUACCAUAACAAAUUUAAUGUCCGAUGAUGCUUUUAACGUCAUGUCGUUUGUGCGGAUUGCGCAUUACGUGUGGGCGAUUCCGUUGAAGAUUGGACUUGUUAUGUACCUUCUAUACCAGCUGCUAGGAAUCAGCACCGUUAUUGGAUCGAUCGUCUGUAUCGUAACGAUGACUCCCAUGCAGUUCAUUAUUGGCAAAAUGAUGUCAGCAAACUCCAAGAAAGCCUCCGAAUGCACCGAUGAACGGCUCCGACGGAUCAAUGAGGUUCUGCUGGGGAUAAAAUUAAUUAAACUCAACGCCUGGGAGAAUGUCUUCCGGGAGAAGAUCACGAACGCCCGCCGGCGGGAGCUCCGGCAUCUGGAUCUGGAUUCAUGCUACUGGACGUUAAUGGUGCUUCUCACCCACAUCUCCUCGGUGUUGAUAACCUUCGUCACGGUGGCCGUAUUCACCCAUCUGGAGGAGCAAAACGAGCCCGGCUCGAAGAGCGUCCAAUUUACCGCGGCUCGUUUGUUUGCCUCGCUGGCACUGUUUAAUCAACUGACGGUUCCAUUGUUUAUCUUUCCAAUCACGAUUCCGAUUAUCCUGUCGGCGGUGGUGAGCACCAGCAGACUGGAGGCGUUCUUCGGUCGACCUGAAGUGUCCGGCGGGGAAUGGAGCGCAACAACUUUGGUCGCCGACGACACUCGAAACGGUUCCGACAGUGACGUAUCGGUGGACGAUCAAUGCGAAGAUAAUGAAGCGGGGGAUAUAGCCCGCGAAGGGGUGGCUCCUGAGGUUGAUGGUGUACUACGUGCUGUUGUGGAGAAACACCUGGAAAUAGGUGCGCAACGAGAACUAUCUCCCAGGGCAAGUGUGAAUUCAACCGAUAAUUUAUGCCAUGAAUCAUCGGAGCGGGAAAGUGAAAACGAGCUGGAUAUGCUGCCCCAGGAAACGAAAACGGGUGAUCCCUAUCCUGCAUCCAGUACGGGAAUUAGUAGUAGCUCUCCUUUGCUAGCAAAAGUUGCUGUCAACCACGACCGAAUGGCUCAGAAGCGUCGGUCUGUGGGUAGCUCAAAAGAGCAUCGGGAAAUACAUCCCCGAGUGAGGUCGACCCCGGACUGCGACCGUCAACCGACUGGGGGCGGUCGAUUGACGAAGCACCGACUGGAACCGAAAAGCCAUGAACCGGUGACUGCUAAUAAGUCAAGAUUCGGUGCUGCUUCGAGCGAUGAUGGUGAUGAUGCGGUUUAUGUUAGAGAUGCUCGCUUUCAGUGGGGUUGGAUUAAUAAUGCCGGGGAAGUUGACACAUCUAAAGCUGUUUUGAAGAUCGACUAUCUGCGUAUACCUAAUGGGAAACUAACGAUUAUUGUCGGUCGCAGUGGAAGUGGUAAAUCAUCAUUACUGGCGGCUUUAUUGAAAGAAAUAAAUCAUCUGUCCGGAGAAGUGAAAUGGAACAAAUAUUCCACCCUGGCGUACGUUCCUCAGCACCCGUGGCUGCUGAAUGCCACCGUGCGAGAUAACAUCCUGUUCGGUGAGCCGUACCGACCGAAACGCUUCGAACGGGUGCUAAAAGUCUGUGCACUGAAGCCCGAUAUCGAACUGAUGCCGAACGGCGAUUUGAGCGAGAUAGGCGAACGGGGAAUUAAGCUGUCCGGAGGUCAACGCCAGCGGAUCGUGAUGGCCCGUGCUCUGUAUUCCACGGCAAGCGUCGUCAUUAUGGAUGAUCCACUUUCAUCACUGGAUAACGAGGUCGGCCGGUUCGUUUUUGACCAGGGAAUUCGUCGGAUGAUGGGCCAGCAGAAACGGACAGUCAUUAUGAUUACGCAGAAAUUGCAGCUCGUGUUCAGUGCUGAUUACAUAAUUGCCAUGGACGAUUUUGCCGUUUGCGCAACAGGCACGCUAUCAGAAAUAGAAAACAAUUACCCUCAAGUACUGCGACAAUGGAAUGCAAUUAUCGCCAAAGAGCAGCAAUCGAGGGAAACAGGAUUAAGUUCAGGGAAGACGGCACGAGAGCGAUGGAAGCUGUUCAAAAUUGUUUCUCGCAUCAGUUUGCAGAAAAGGCAUACUGCUGAGGAGUACUAUGAGCCUCCCGGCACGCUGCUCUACACCCCACUGGUCCCGCAGCGUAAUUCCAGUUUAUUUGGAUCACGUUUUCAUACACACGAUUUGCCACUUCCCAUCGACGAGUGCCACGGUGAGAAUGUCCAGCUGCGACGUCAUUAUUCGAAAAGGUACCGAAGCGAGGGUCGCGCCUUGCGAGGUUUCAGCGAUGGAGUCAUGCUAGCGGCAACGGGAAGUCGAUCUGCGAUGGAGUCGGUAGGAGGCAACGGUGCCCCUCGCACACAAUCGCUUCAAACCAGACGUGACAUUGAGGGUGCAGGCAAUCGAUUACUACCGGUGGUCAGUUGGAACACAUCGUUUCUCGGUCAGCCCAACCCAGAUGAUACCUCACCGGUGUCGGUUGACGGGGCCAACCGAGGAAAAUGCGAAAGAUUUCACUUUUCCGACUCUUGCCGAGGAAAUAUGAACAAAAGCGGCUUACGACAGUUUCUCCGCCGCCUAAGCAUUCGCACGUGGCAGCAGGCUCAACGUAAUUCAAACCCCACGGACCUAAGACUGGGCUGUCCGGGGGAAAACCCGUCCAUCAUCAGUAAGGCCAGUUCCGUGAUGGGUUUUACUAAGAAGAACCACUCUCAGCAGCAUUCUGAUGAACAACAAGAACAACAACAACAACAACAACAAAACGGCCAGAAUCAAUCGCUGCGAAGGCUGCAUUCCAAUAGCACUCGAUAUAGUGAGGAGAACGAGGAGGAUCUGAUUGGAGACCAGAGCGGCGAUGAUGGCUACAAUCGGCUAAUCGUCGACGAUGAGCGAAAAUAUGGCACAAUUCCAACCCGCAUCUACUGGCUGUAUCUGAAGGCGAGUGGAUUGAACAUUGCGAGCACUUUUCUGCUCAGUGCUUUAGCCCAGCAGUGCCUUCGCGUGUACACGGACUUUUGGCUGCAGAACUGGACCGAGCGAACACAGCGGCACCCGGAAGGGGUUGAUCCGGUUGAUAUCAAGUAUAAUUUUCGCGUGUACGCUCUGCUCUCAGGAAUGUGCAUCCUGCUGGCGGCCGUAUCCUUCCCGGCAGGUCAGAUGGCAGGUAGUAAUGCCCGACGACGAUUGCACCGACAGCUAGUUGGAUCGGUGCUGAAAAACUCAAUCCAUUUCUUCCAAACGGUGCCCUUGGGUCGGAUCAUGAAUAGGCUAAGCAUCGAUAUCGGCGUGGUUGAUAAGAAAAUCGCCGCAACAAGUCAGAAGCUGCUGCAAUUCAUUCUGCUGUGCCUUUGUGCUGUGCUCAUAAAUAGUGUCGUGACGCCGUAUUUCAUCCUGUUAACAAUACCAAUUUGCGGCAUUUACUACGUCGUGCAGAAGUUUUACCGGUGCUCCUCCAGGGAACUCCAACGGUUGGAGAGUAUAACUUAUUCACCAAUUAUCGCACACUUUUCCGAAACCAUCGAUGGAGUAACGACGAUACGGGCUUACCGGCAGGAGUCCCGCUUCACCGAUACCCUCUUCCAGCGGAUGGAGGCCAACAACGUUGCCCAGGUUAUCCUGAACAGCAGCAAUCGGUGGCUGGGAAUUACGCUGGAUUACCUCGGAGCGUUUAUCGUGUUUAUUGCCAUAGUGAGUGGUUUGGUUACGGCUAGCUUAAAACCGGACACGACCAGUUCUUCCCUGAUUGGGUUGGCCAUCAACUACGCCCUAUUGGUUCCGAUCUACCUCAAUUGGGUGGUGAAGCUGGCUGCCGAAAUGGAAAUGUAUCUCGGGGCGGUGGAGCGAAUACAGUGUUUCGUCGAGGACAGCCAGGAGCGGGUCAGGGAGCGCAACAAGGUGAAAUAUAAACCCGUACCGAUUUCGUGGCCGAAGAAAGGUGACAUAGUGUUUGAAAAUGUCUCGCUACGUUACGAAAGCCAAAAGGAGAACGUAAUCACAAAUUUGAAUUUAACUAUUCCCACCGGACAAAGGAUUGGUAUAUGCGGUCGAACCGGAAGCGGUAAAUCUUCACUCGCGCUGUCCUUGUUCGGGGUCCUCGAGCUGGUCGAUGGGCGGAUAUUGAUCGAUGACGUGGAUAUUGCCAGCAUUAACAGCGAAGAACUACGCUGCCGGCUCUCCAUCAUUCCCCAGGAGGUGAUACUGUUCGGGGGUAGCCUGCGCGAGAAUCUAGACCCGCGGGGACACUUUGGCGAUCUGGAGCUGUGGAAUUGUCUAGAAUUGGCACAGCUGAAGGAGAUGGUGCUGACACUGCCGGAUGGGUUAGACACGCAAAUAGACGAAGGUCGGCCACUGUUUAGUGCGGGUCAGCGCCAGUUGCUCUGUCUGGCACGAGCCAUUCUCCGGGGUUCGGUGUGUUUGGUGCUUGACGAGGCCACCUCCUCGCUCGAUUUGGAAACGGAAAAGCUGGUACUGGAGGCAGCCGGGAGAGCGUUUAAAGUCCGAACAGUGGUCACGAUAGCGCAUCGAUUGCACUCACUGUUCGAUUACGACCGAGUCAUCGUGCUGGAGCAGGGUAACAUCGUCGAGGACGGGUGCCCCCGGCUGCUGAGGAAAAGAUCCGGCUCCAAGUUCGCAGCCAUGCUGAAAGCAUCGACCGAUUACCAGCAACACCAGAGCAUGGUGGGUACUACUCGGAUAGCCGAGUAGUUGGAAUGUACGUGUAUAGCAGUGAUCCGGUGGUACUGAUUCAACCCCACAGGGGUUGGUUGAUAUUACAAUCUGGAUGGAUGAAUUGCAAUUUAGCUUCAUUGUAGUUGCCGGCAGGCUUCAGGUAAGGUAUUUGUAUUGUUGUUCCUCAUUUGACCGCCUCCUCGGCGGAUAGACUGUACGGGUUCUAAACAAGCGGAAAGUUGAGUCAGAUAUGGAUGAAAAUCCUCGAUGGAAACCAGCACACUCAGUCUCAAGUGAGUGCAAUUAUAAGAUUGCUUGUCACGCUGUUUAGCGGCGGUCUGCCAUAAUGGCUUAAUUUAUCGUUAUCUUUUUAGCUGGAGUAUUGAUUAAA